CCAGCGGAGCGGGCUGGCCGGCACCUGCGCCCCCCACCUGCUUCUCGGAGGGUGAAAGGUGCGGGGAGGCCAUGGAGAGCCCAGCGGAGAACCCCAGCAAGGCGGCGGAGUACCUGAAGGAGCUGAACAAGAUUAUCGAGACGCAGCAGGAGCUGCUGGAGAAGCAGAAGCGGAGGAUAGACGAGCUGGAGCAGCAAGUGGCCAAGUUGUACCACGAAAACGCCUGUCUCCAGGACGAGCAUCACCGGCACCUGGCCACAUGCAGGCUCCAGCAGGGCGUCCCCCCCGCGUACCCGGGGGUGCUGAGCGCCAUCCAGGAAAACGCAAAGCACGAAAAGUCUGAAGGUGAAAGUUCAAGAAGCAUCAGGUCUUUAAAUACUCUGCACCAGUUUUGCUGUCCAGCUCCAUUGUACCAUACCCAGCUAGCUGUCCCUGCCACACACUCAGAGUACAGUGAUACCUGUGAAAACAAAAAGAUAAUGCAAAGGAUGUUAUAGUACCAAAGAAAUCCCAUCAUUUUCUUGCAGUCUCUACCUGCUUAAUGUUUAAUCAGCACCUCUGGGAGGUAAAAACAUUCACUCGUGGUUGUGUUACUGAUAAAGAAGUGACCUCGUACAAGCUUCCUGCUAAGCCGGCAUCCCUUCCUCCACCCGCCAUAAAGCACAUUAUAGCAUUACAGAUGUAGGUAUUCCAAACUACUUCUUUAAUAGCCUUUGUGCCUUCUGGUUUGUAGCACCAUUCAUGACGCUGGCAACUCUGCAUGGAAACAGAGUUGUUCCUCCUACUUUAAAAAGCGGUGGGGGGAGUAGUAAAGUGCAGAUCUGUUACUCAUCAAUAUUUCUGUAUGUAAAUCACCAGCAGAAGGGGAAUGCAUCUGUUCUGCAUUUUCAGUGGAAUGUGGGCAGUGACAAUACCUGUGGAAAGUUUCUUUUAAACAUGUUAAAAAUAAAGGAGCCGUGGCCAUAGUAGGCUGUGUAUGUGUAUGACUACUUAAUGUAAGAUUUCCUUUGGGAAAAAACAGAAAUUGCCCUUUCAAAACAGCUUUUGCCUCUGAGUUUAACUCUUAAGUGUUGGCCUAGGCUCAUUUGGUGGUUCUUCAUUGUGUUGAAAGCCCUGUAUCUGAGAUUGAAAUGGAUUAAUCGGAUCAUACUUACAAACAAGUUACACAAUUUUGUGGAUUUAAAAACAAAACAAAACAAAUCUAAAGCUUAAUUUUCCUAAUGCUGUUCCCUGUGAUUCUGUUCCUCUGUCUUUUUUCUUUCUCGCCCCCCUCUUCCUUGGCAGGGAAGAUAAUGUUCUGCACCAGUUCUGCUGUCCACCUUCGGGGUCUAGUAGUCCAUCUUCAAGAUAACACAGAAGCUCGGGGUCGCUAAGUGUGCAGUCAGUGCUACACCUGUAUAGUCCAUCUCUCCUCUCUUACUGGUGUGUAUGGGACUGACACUUGCAUGGAUGCCAUAGGAUUCUGAUUCAUGUCAAGUUUGAGUUAUUCAGAAUGGCACAGCCAUAAAUUUUGGCCAUCGAUGGUUGGUAAUCUCCUCUCCAUGCUUUUCUACAGCUCUCUUCCUUGUGUCUAGUAUUUAAAACACACGCAAACUGUAAACAAAUAUAUAAAAUGCACAGUUUAUUUUGAACUAAAAUAAACAGUACCAUAA